CACGGUAGCAAAACGGGAAACACCGUAAAAAUAUGGCUAAAAGGCCCAGGCUCCAGCCUUUUGGCUAACGGAAGUUUCCUCUUGGCGCCGCCGACUGCGCCUCGCAAUGAUCCCACAAAACGUCAACUGCGAACCCGAAGCGGGAGGAGAUGAUGGACGGCGCCGACUGCCUCUAGCCUUUCAUGCCUCUACGAUCUAUCUACUACCUAUCUAUCCGCGGUCUCGCGAAUACUAAUCUACUCAUCUAUCUAACCUCAGCUCACGGCACGGCAUUCUAUCAUCUGAAGGCUGUGCCCGUACUGCGUGAGAGGUGGUCGGCCGAGAAAACAAAUCUCGUUGGAAAUUGACGCUCUUGACAAAGCGUCAUGUCGCAGCAAACUCCAAAACUUACCUGUUGGGGUGCUCCGGGC